AAUACUGCUGAUUAUCGUAACCGGAGGCUACAUGGCGUCGUCUUUCAAGCCGGAGCAAGCCAGGGCCCCGCCUGCCGUUCCCUUGCCUAUUCCGCCUCUUACCAAGUUCAAGAUUGGGAUUUGCCAGUUACUUGUAACGCCAGAUAAAGAGAGGAACAUUGCGCAUGCUCUAAAGGCCAUCGAGGAGGCUGCAAAAAAGGGUGCCCAGCUUGUUCUGUUGCCUGAAAUAUGGAACAGUUCCUAUUCAAAUGACAGCUUGCCAGUUUAUGCUGAAGACAUUGAUGCUGGUGGUGAUGCAUCUCCAUCAACAGUUAUGCUCUCAGAAGUUUCUUGGCGUUUGAAGAUCACAAUAGUUGGUGGCUCUAUGCCUGAACGUUAUGGGGACAAGUUGUAUAACACUUGCUGCGUCUUCGGUAGUAAUGGAAAGUUGAAAGCGAAGCACUGGAAGAUUCACCUUUUUGAUAUUGAUAUUCCUGGGGAGAUUACCUUUACGGAAUCAAAAACUCUUACUGCAGGGGAAUCUCUAACUAUAGUGGACACAGAUGUUGGGCGUAUUGGUAUAGGUAUCUGUUAUGACAUUCAAUUUCAGGAACUGGCAAUGAUAUAUGCAGCUAGAGGUUUGUUUAUUUAUCCCUUGAACCAUGAAAUGAUUAUGAUAUCAACAACCUUUGAUAUUUUGAUAGGAUACCGCUUGUUGCUCCACCUGUUCAUGAAUCCGCUGCACUAUACAAGACUCAUGUUUUUGCAUUUAGGUGCUCAUUUGCUAUGUUUUCCUGGAGCAUUCAACUUGACAACUGGACCGUUGCAUUGGGAAUUAAUGCAGAGGGCAAGGUAUUAAUAUGUUUCAGUUCAGUAACAAGUGUUUAAGUCUUGAAAUUAUCUUUGUAUCUUGUCAAAGUUUUUCUUUUAUGUACUCUAGACAUGUCCCAUCGUGAGAUGAAUUAGUCGUGUCUCAACAAGAGUCUAGUGUGUGGAUGAUGGCUGCUCUUCUUAUAAUUUUUCAUACUGUUCCAUGUAUGCAGGGCUACAGAUAAUCAGGUAA